AUGGACCGAAUUGAUGAGUAUAAACGGGUUGAAGAGGAUCAGCAACAAGGGAAGGGAAAGGCGAAGGGAGCUUGUAAGAUAAAGAAUAAGUCAUAUUUCAAGUGGCCAAACAAGAUGGGAGAAAACCUUAUGAAGCGUAAUCAAAGUAUUCAUUGUCAUUACCAUCAGGACUGCGGACACACUACAGAGGAUUGUAGGACUUUACGUGACUACCUAGGGCAUUUAGUCAAGGUUGGAAAGUUGAUGCAGUUCCUAUAUCAACCCAUUGGGCAGGGGAGUCAGGUCGGGUCGGCACACUAUAGGGAUGCUUUCUCAAGACCACCCUUGGGAACAAUCAAUGUUAUUCUUGUUGCCCCAGGUCGGACUGGUUCGUAUCCAUCAAGGGUUAUGUCCAUAGCAAAGCCACACGCUAAGGAUUUGAUCCCUGAUUCUAAGCAGGGAAGAAUGGAAUUCCGGCCAACUUUGAGCUUCUUUGAUGAUGAUAAAGCUGGAACUUUUCAACCGUAUGAUGAUGCCUUGGUGGUUACCUUCCGGAUAGGGGAGUAUAAUGUGAAAAGAGUCUUGGUGGAUCAAGGCAGUGGGGCAGAGAUCAUGUACCCUGACCUGUACAAAGGGCUUAAGUUGAAGCCCAAGGAUUUGGUUAGCUAUGAUUCCCCUCUUGUGGGGUUUGAUGGGAAGACAGUUAUUCCAAAGGGCUAG